GUUUAAGUUUUGCUAUAUAAUGAAUACAUGCUAAAUAAAUUAGAUAGACAACCAUAAUGAGGGGAAUGGAGUUAGUCGAUAUAUUUCUAUUCGUGAUCAGUCUGAAUGGGAUUUUGUUGUCGACCAAGUCGAUGUUUUCUCUGCAUUUCCAAGAGGAAUUCAGCAUUCAAGAUAUUAUCCGGUUUGUACAGAGCGAUGGAAGUUGUGAAUUUUUUCUACAGGAAAUGUCAUCACUAAUUCGACAAGACAACUUGAGAUCUCAUCAAAAUGAGGAGACUUGCAUACUUCUCACUUCGUUCGACAAUUCAUCAUCAAAUGAAACGAUCCGGCUUAGCGGUGUUGUUGUAAGGCUCUAUGCAAAUGUGAAGAAAUAUGAAUUUUCUAUUAUGCCUAACCAAUGCCAAGGAAAUAGUUCGUUCAACGAAAUUCAGAUCCAUGUCUCAUGUCAACCUACAAAAGCACAUAACGUAAACAUAUGCGAUGAUGGAAGAGGUUGCAACACUGAAAGAGAAUUCUGCAGAAAGCUAUUUGAGGAUGAAAAUGAAAAAGGACUUUGUAUUGCACGACGCAACCUUUUUGAAUCCUGUGACAAGGACGUGCAGUGCACACAAACCACUAAAUGUGAGAAUAGGACAUGUCAUUGCAAGAAAGGAUUUAAAGUCAUCGGUGGUAAAUGCUUGCCUGUUGGGAUGUCUUUGAACGAAUCAUGCUCUCACGACGGUCAGUGCACUGGUACUGUAAACGCUGGGAGGUGUCAACAGAACAAACAGAGUCGAGGUGGUGGUGUCUGUUCCUGUGACCCAGGAUUCUUUCAAGAGGGUUCGAAUUGUUUACAAGGUAAUCGACGCCUUUUCCAAUCUUGUGAAUCACAAAGACAAUGUACAGGAACUCACGGGGCAGGGGUAUGUAAAGUCAUCGCUGGUAUACAAAUGUGUCACUGUCCGGAUAAUCACACAGUAGUAAAAGGCGUUUGUAUGAAAGUUGGGUCAGUCAUUGGGGAUACGUGUAUAAUCAAUGAAGAAUGUACCGGUACACAAAAUGGCGGGAGAUGUAUCUACAGCGAGGACGACGGUACACGGACUCAAACAUGUGCCUGCAAUGACGAUUUUCUAACAAAUGGUUCAUAUUGUUUACCAGUCAAUAAAAAGCUUUUUGAGACUUGUGAAGUAGAUGAUCAGUGCAAUGGAACGUUGGGUUUGGGGAUAUGCAGAACAGUUGGUGAUAGAAAGGUGUGUGUCUGUGGACCUCAAUACAUAGCUGACAUGGCUUCCUUAACAUGUCACAAAGUUGGUAGACAGCUGCUUGAAUCCUGUGAGUAUGGUUUGCAAUGUAACGGGACUACAAAUGCAACUGUAUGUGGAUUGUUUGGAAACAGAUCACUAUGCUUUUGCAAUAAAGGCAUUGUUGAGUCUAAUGGGAAAUGUACCGAAGGCGGAUGGAAUGAAGAAAUAAUAUAUCGAUUUAUGUUUGUCGGAGCAGGCGGACUUCUGUUUGGAAUGUUUUUCUGGAUUGUAAUACUUGUACGUAAAUGUAGAAGAAACCUACUCUCCAGAGGUGGAAGGUCUGUAGUACAGUCUGAUCAAGAAAACAUCAAUCGUCAAUCCACUCUGUAUGCUGUACCCAGUGAUAUUAGGAAUUAUGUGGAACCUUCAACGUUUCUUCACCAAGAUACCCAAAGAGUAGCAAAUUACACACGCAAUCACCUCAGUGAACCAGUGAAAAAGGAAGAUAAUGCGUUCUCUCAGCAAAUGUUUGUAGAGCAGGACCCUUGUGAUGACGUAUACAACCACCUCCAUGAAAAGGAAGCACCAUUGUGUCAAGGCGUGUAUGACGUCGCGGAAAAUGUCUCUAAACGCAUGUUCCAGAGUUCUGAUGAUGACCCCAAAUCAGCUGAUUUGUAUGAUUUUGCUGAACCUAUAGAUGUAAGCACGCUCUAAAUAUGCGAUAAUUACAUCUGUAAAGCUUUCAUAUAUUGUAUACCUUGAAUGUUUGGAAUGUAAAACAAAUAAAUAUGUACGUCGAACAACUUCUCGAAUGUCAAAUGUGAAAGUUGAAGCAGAAUAUGGAUAGAUGUACAACGACGGGUUUUCUGGGACGCAGGUUGAUGCAUGUUCACAUAUCAAGACACAUCAUACUGAAUCAUAUAGACGUUGGUACUUAAUACAGGUAUACGAAUGCUGUAAUACCUUAUCAAACCUCCACAAUUGUAUCGUGUCAUCCUUGCAAACGUUCCAAUCUUAAAAGUUCAACAGCUGUAGUGAGUGGAAUGUUAAUGUGCACACUAAGUUUUUUCUGAUUUAUUCCCAUCGUUAUGUGUGUUACAUGUGCUUGUGAUUAAUGGUGAACUAUUAAAUUUCACAUUCUGAG